AUGGAGGUUGAUUCAAAUGAUGGUGACAAUCCUUCAGUAAAUGAGGUUGAACAAGUUGAAGAACCUAAGAAGGGUAUGUGUUUUAGCUCAAGGGAAGAAAUGUACACAUUAUAUGCCACAUAUGCUAAGCAUGUUGGCUUUUCUAUAGCUCAUAGAGCACAACAUUUUGGAGAUGAUGGCCAAUUAAAAAACUUUGCAAUUGAAUGUUCUCGAGCGGGGGAGAGAAAAAAGAAAUCAGAAGUGAACCCUUUGAAGCCAUCUCUGUCCACAAAAAUUGGUUGCAAAGCAAGGAGAAGAUUAGAAAUCAAUGAUCAAGCAAGGAUUGGGGUGUCUAGGAACUAUCAUUCAAUGGUUAUUGAAGCGGGGGGAUACGAGCCAUUGACAUUUGAUGAGCGAGAUGCAAGGAUUUACAUUAAUAGAGCUAGAAGAUUAAGGCUUGGUGAAGGUGAUGCCGAAUCACUUCAAAGUUAUUUUAUGAGGAUGCAAACACAUAGUGAGAAAUUCUUUUAUGUGAUUGAUGUUAAUGAGGAGUUUCGCAUCAGAAACUUGUUUUGGGCUGAUGCAAGGAGUCGGGCUAUGUAUGAAUCAUUUGGAGAUGUUGUUUCAUUUGACACAACUUAUCUGACGAACAAAUAUGAUAUGCCAUUUGCUCCAUUUAAAAUAUCGGAGAAGUUGAAAGGAUAUGCUCAGUAUGAACCCAUAAAGUUGGCUAUGCAAAAUACAGUUUAUGAUUGUUUGACAAGAGAUGAAUUUGAGGAAAAAUGGGAAGAGAUGCUUACUAAAUUCAAUCUUUAUGAUAAUGAGUGGUUGGGGGUACUAUGUCAUGAGCGGCAUCGAUGGAUUCCUGUAUAUGUUAAAGACAUUUUUUGGGUUGGCAUGUGA